CUGAAAGUCUGAGGACGCAGGUUGGAUGACGCAGUGACGCAGCCAGCAUCCGGUGCGUCAUCUCCUAGCGACUACAGACUUGGCGCCAAGCAAUUGAGAGUUUUAUUAUUUUGCUGAUAACAAACGGUGAGAUUUCGGCGUGGAAACAUCUCCAACAUGGAUAUAAGACUGUUCUUUGGACCGACAUCUGCAAAACCUGCAGUGCAGAAACCAGCACCAAGCACCAAACCAGAGGAGAAGAAAAAGAAGAACAACUCCUCUGAUGUGAAAAGCCCCAAGGUGAAAACCUCCAAAACAGAAGAGAAACGCAAGAUCAGUGAGAAAAAGCGCAAAAAGCAUUCAGUCAUAGCAUCAGAUUCGGAGGAAGAAGAAAAACCCACAACAAAGUCUAAGAAGUCUUCCAAAAGCAGCAAAGUGGAGCCUCUUCCCAAAAAAGAUCCGGUGCAGUACGUCUCUGAAACAGACUCAGACAGCGACAACUUUCAGUCACUGAAGAAAGGACCCAAACCCAAACACAACGGUUCUUCUAAAGGUAUUAAAGCGGACGCAGAAAGUUCUCGCUUGGGACCCAAAGCGUCUCCUGUCACAGAAAAACCUGGACUUAAGAGUCCCACGACCCCUAAGUCUUCUGCACCACCUCCACCCAAAAAAACUCCUACCUCAGUGGCGGAUUUUUUUGGCAGUGCGGCGAUUCAUCGCUCGGACAAGAAGCUGGUAGCCAGCGCAAAAAGAAAAGCUCCAACACAAGACCACGACGAUCUGAUAAGCGAUGAGGAAAUCGCCCGACAGCUGCAGAUGGAGGAAGACAUGGAGCUGGAAAAACAAGUCCAUGAGGAUGAGGAGUUUGCAAAGACGCUCGCCUUGCUGGACUCAGAGCCGCAGGCUAAGAAGGCUCGUAAAAACGCAGAUGAAAAGAAAAAGACAACUCCCAAAAAGAGUGCUGGUGAUGCUGCUGGAGAGGCCAGCGGCGUGACGAAGGUCAGGCGAAGCACGUCGGAGGACGUGAUCAGUCCGUCGCCCAGGAAGGUACAAGCUCCGGUCAAAACCAGUUCUAAACUCGCCACGAUGAAGAGGAAGGAUGAGGCAAAGGAGGAAGGACCAAGGAGCAAAACAGUCAGUUCUCCAUCGAAAAUGAAAAUCUCGCCUAAGAAGGAGCCGCUUGGUUCUUCAACUACACCCAAAGCUGGAACCACGCCCACAGCACUCAAGACGUCUCCAAAGAAACCAGAGAGCACGAGUACGAGUCCUGACGACUCUGAGAAGAAGAAGGCCCACACUCUGGCUUUCAGGAAUUUCCUCAACAGAGACGGACCUCGAGCUCUGGGGUCAAAGGAAAUCCCAAAGGGAGCAGAAAACUGUCUGGAGGGCUGCGUGUUCGUCCUGACGGGAGUCCUAGAAUCCAUGGAAAGAGACGACGCCAAAUCUCUCAUUGAGCGCUAUGGAGGCAAGGUGACGGGCAACAUCAGCAAGAAAACCACGUACCUGGUGCAGGGCAGGGACAGCGGCGUGUCCAAGCUGGAGAAGGCGGAGAGUCUAGGGACCCAGAUUCUGGAUGAGGAUGGUCUGUUGGAGCUGAUCCGAACCAAACCAGGAAAGAAGUCUGUGUAUGAGAUCGCAGCAGAGGCAGAGUGCAAAGCCACAAAGACCAAGACCCCCCCUGGCAAGGCCUUAAAGAACACCCCCAAAACUCAGAAGAUCUCCCCCUCUAAAGGUAACUCCAGGUCUCCUCACACCCCGAGCCCAUCAAAGACGGGUCAGGCUCAGAGGAUCAGUGAAGGCAGCACCCCACCGGGCAGAGGCUCUGCUCACACGGCCCGCAGAGAGCUCGGUCUGUCCUCCUCCUCGUCUCCAAAAGAAUCGUCACCUUCAGUGACAGGGGAUGCUCCCAGCCUUCUGUGGGUGGACAAAUACCGGCCACGCUCUUUGAAGGCUGUGAUUGGCCAGCAGGGGGAGCAGAGCUGUGCCAACAAGCUGCUGCGCUGGCUACAGAACUGGUACAAAAACCACAGCGGUGGAGCUGCAAAACCUGCAGCUGCAAAGUUCAGCAAAUUUGGCAAAGACGAUGGCUCAACUUACAAAGCCGCGCUGCUCUCCGGUCCUCCGGGGGUGGGGAAGACCACCACAGCUGCCUUGGUCUGUGAGGAGUUGGGCUUCAGCUACGUGGAGAUGAACGCCAGCUCCACCCGCAGCAAAAACAGCCUGAAGGAGGUGGUGUCCGAGUCACUCAACAACACCAGCAUUGAGAACUUUUACAAAGGAACCUCUCAGACGGUGAGCAGCAAACACGUCCUCAUCAUGGAUGAGGUCGACGGCAUGGCCGGUAACGAGGACCGUGGAGGAAUGCAGGAGUUAAUCGGUCUGAUAAAGACUUCAAAGAUUCCCAUCAUCUGCAUGUGCAACGACCGGAACCACCAAAAGAUCAGAUCUCUGUCCAACUACUGCUUUGACCUGCGCUUCCAGAGGCCGCGAGUGGAGCAGAUCAAGGGCGCCAUGAUGUCGAUCGCUUACAAGGAGGGGGUUAAGAUCCCACCCCCAGCUCUGAAUGAAAUUAUUUUAGCCUCCAAUCAGGAUGUCCGACAGGUGAUUCAUAACCUGAGCAUGUGGUCAGCCAAAGACAAAGUCAUGACGUAUGACCAGUGCAAGUCUGACGCGGCCAAAGCCCGCAAGGACAUGAAGAUGGGGCCCUUCGACGUCUGCAGGAAGGUUUUCACCUGCGGCGAGGAAACGGCACACAUGAGCCUCAUCGACAAGUCUGAUCUCUUUUUCCACGAUUACUCGCUGGCGCCGCUUUUUGUUCAGGAGAACUACGUGAACGUCCGUCCCGCUGCAGCUGGCGGCGACAUGAAGUCUCACCUGGUGCUGCUCAGCAAGACGGCAGACUCCAUCUCUGAUGGGGAUCUGGUGGACCGAAGGAUCCGCUCGGGGCAAAACUGGUCACUGCUGCCCACACAGGCCGUCUACGCCAGUGUGUUACCAGGCGAGCUAAUGCGGGGCUACAUGACUCACUUCCCGGUCUUUCCUAGCUGGCUCGGCAAAAACUCCUCCACCAGCAAACAUUCUCGCAUCAUACAGGAGCUCAGCUCUCACAUGAGUUUAAAAACCAUGGGCAGCAGGCAGGCGGUGAACCUGGAUUAUCUGCCCUUCCUGCGCCUGGCGCUGCUGGCUCCACUUCAGAGACUCGGAGCCGAGGGCGCCGGUCAAGCCGUAAAGCUGCUGGAUGACUACCAGCUGGUCAAGGACGACGUGGACAGCAUCAUGGAGGUCAGCGUCUGGGGAGGGAGACCCGAUCCCUUCGCCAAGCUGGACUCCAAGGUGAAGGCAGCGUUCACGCGGGCGUACAACAAGGAGGUUCACCUGACGCCGUACUCUCUGCAAACUGUGAAGAAGAGCCGGCGUGGCGGCGGCGGGGAAACAGAAUUGGGAGGAGAAGAAAUUGAUCAAGACGGUCAAGAGUCUGAAGACGAAGGCGAGGGUCUCAAGACAGAUGCCAUGAUCAAACAAAAGAAGAGAAAAACCACUAAGGAGCCCAAAAAUGAGAAGGAAGAUUCUGGAAAAGGCAAAGGCAAGGGCAAAGGCAAAGGAAAGGCUAAGAAAUGAUCUGAUCUUCCUUCAUGGACAGUUGGUUCUCUGGACCUGUAACAAACUGACCCUAAACUCGGCAGGUAUUCCACUUAUAUGCAUCUUUCACCGUUUUUUUUUUUUUAACUGAGAUGUCUCUAUAAUGACCAAGCAUCCACUCGUCAUCAUGUCUGCACAGCUGCAGCUAUCUGUCCUACGUUGUUCCGUUUGCAUUCCUGCUGUCUCUACAUGUAAAUAAUGACGCUGUAAUGGAGAAAGACUGUUAGCUUUCACUCCAGAACAUGUCUAUCCUUUGUAGAUGCAUCAUUACGUGUAAAUUAAAAUGUUUUGUAGCACAAAACUUUCUGCACAUAA